UCCGGGGAUGAGAGGGGCGGGGCACGCCUCGUGCGUGCGUGCAGGCUGCGCAUGCGUUGAGAGCACCACGCCCUCGCAAUGGCCGCGGUAGGACCUUGAGCCAAGUCGCGCGGUUCAUCCUCCUCACCAGCAGCAGGUGGUCGCGACGGCGACCUUGGGCGAGGUCCGGUAAGAGGCAGAAGGGAAGUCUCUGGAGCCACGUUAACUGAAAAACUCGCUGAGUGGCCAGAGGCCCUCGACUACCCCUCUGCUCAGGGACUGCUUUUCCAUCCAGACGUUACCACCCGGCAUCCGCCUCGCGUGUUGCAGAGCUCUUGCCACCGCUCCAGAAAUAACCAUAACUUUGCUGCCUACUGAGGCUGUUUACUGAGGACCCACCUAAUGCCAAGAUGUGUGCAUAGUUACUUCGAUUCUUACAACAGCCCUACGAGACUGAUGACCUAUGAGAAUCGUGAUCUCUAGGACCUGAUAUGUGGCUGUUGUUGAGGAAGUGUUUGCUGAGUGACCAGUUUUCCCAGCACUCAACAGUAAGGUGAUCAUCGGAGAGCGACUCUGGUUCUGGACCAGCAGAGCAGAGGGAACCCAAGGUUGGACUGCAGCAACUCUACUGAGGUCAGCCCAUGGCUAUUCCACAUGGUUCAAAUGAAACUUCGUAUUUGCUACCUCCGAACAAAGAGGACUGGGAAGGGCAAGGCAUUCCUGACUUUGUCUAUGGACAGAAGGACCUCAUGCAGGAAGGGAUUCAGUGGCCGAGGAACGUACCCAGCUUCCUGAACACGCUGCCGCUGUCUCGCUUCGACACUGUGCUCUGCUCUGCCUGGAGGCAGCGGAUGGAGCUGGGGCUGUUCCGCUACUGCCUGGGGGAGCUGCAGACCCAAACCCUCCCUGGUACUGUGGGUUUUGUGGCUCAGUUGAAUGUGGAGCGAGGGGUGCAGAGGAGGCCCCCCCAGAACAUCAGGAGCGUGAGGCAGCCAUUUGACCCUGAACAGUUUAACUUCAACAAAAUCCGGCCAGGAGAAGUCCUCUUCCGUUUGCACCGGGAGCCCGGUCUCCCAGAUGUUCUCCAGCAAGAGGAAAUCCUCGUGUUGAUCAAUGUCAGCCCCCUGGAGUGGGGCCAUGUGCUGCUGGUGCCGGAGCCCGCCCGGGGGCUACCCCAGCGCCUGCUGCCAGGGGCACUGCGGGCUGGGCUGGAGGCUGUGCUCCUGAGCUCACACCCGGGCUUUCGCAUUGGCUUCAAUAGCCUGGGUGGCUUGGCCUCAGUGAACCACCUCCACCUGCAUGGCUACUACCUAGCCCACAGACUGCCUGUGGAGGGGGCACCAAGCGAGCCCCUGGACCCUGGGGGCCAUUUGUAUCUACUCCAGGCUGUCCCAGCUCCCGGCUUCCUCUUCUACACCAGCGGGCCUGGGCCUGACCUGGAAGCCUUGAUAAGCAGGGUAUGUCUGGCCACUAAUUAUCUCACUGACCACGAGAUUGCACAUAAUUUGUUUGUGACCCGGGGGGCCCCACCUGGAAAGACUUCACCUUCCUCAGCCCUCACGGGAAUCCGGGUAAUCCUCUGGGCCCGGAAGUCUAGCUUUGGGAUAAAGGAAAGUGAGGCAUUCAAUGUUGCCCUCUGUGAGCUGGCCGGUCACCUCCCUGUCAAAACAUCCCAGGACUUCAGCAGCCUGACAGAAGCGGCCGCUCUGGCCCUCAUUCAAGACUGUCUGCUGCCCCACGAUCAGGCGGAAGAGGUACGGGCAGCGCUGGUGGCCUUGGUAGCCCAGGAGGAGCAGUAAUCCUUCAGGAGUAUUUAUUUUGUA